AUGUCAGAGGCCCCGAAAAUUGAUCAGUGCGACCUGAAACCUUCAGACCGAGCUAGACAGAAGUUCUCGAAGAAAAAGAAGAAGCCGCAAAUCUCGCCUCCGACCAACUUCGAGCACAGGGUGCAUACUGGCUUCGACAAAGGGAGGGCAAGUAUGUGGGCUUGCCCUGCAGUGGGCAGCAUAGUGGGCAACAACCAGAUACUCAAGAGCACCAAUCGGCCCCUGCCCCUUGUCGAUCCUUCUGAGAUUACACCUACCGAGAUACUUGACCUUAAGACAAUAGUCCGCGGCGACCAGAAACCCCUGCCGAAAGGGGGCUUUGUCCCGGGGGGCUCAACCCCAGGAGGGCCCCCGGGGGUGCCGAUCCAGUGGGAGCACCCCAUGCACCGGCCGGUCUGCCCAAGACGUCGCACGUGGCUCGCAGCAACUCGCUUCGCUCGCACAGUCCGCCGCGUUCUGCGCAGAGGCGAUUUUAGGGCCGCCAAUGCUGCCACAUCCACCGCUGUGAAACAAAGCCCCGAAUGGGGUGGGCCCAACCACGUGGAUGGAGGAGGGGUUGUACGUCGCUCCUCCCCGUCUUCCUCGUCGCAGGGAGGUGAGGAGUACCGGGGAGGACCAGCGGCCUACCAUCAGAAACCACCACCAGACCAAUGGCAAACCCUCCUCAGAGAGAAUUUGAACAUGCAAGGAGGUAGCAUGGAAGUGCCUGCCGGGUACGCAGUGGGUGGAUAUCGGCCUCCUCACUCGCAACAGGUCUCCUCCUCAGGACAACUCACGCCUUCCUCACAGCCUCCUCACAACGCCAGGCCGCCUCAAGGUGCUCCUCACAAUCUCAACAAGAUUGGUGUGGAGACGCCGCUGGCCAGGAUACCCGACCAAAACCAAAACAUCAACAAGAACAACAACAGUAGCACUGCCUCCCCCUCGCCCACUACUCCCACCCCCACCCACAACGGCAACCUGGCUAGUCAACAACAACAACAACAACAGAUAGCAGCAGCUGGCACCAAGCAGCACCACGAACAACAGAGGAUAACUCACGAACAGUUCCGAGCAGCCCUACAGAUGGUGGUGAGCCCUGGUGACCCGCGGGAGAACUUGGAAAAUUUCAUGAAGAUCGGCGAAGGGUCGACGGGGACUGUGUGCAUAGCUACGGAGCGAAGCACGGGUCGCAAAGUGGCUGUUAAGAAGAUGGACCUCAGGAAACAGCAGCGUCGGGAGUUGCUCUUCAACGAGGUAGUAAUAAUGCGCGACUACCACCACCCGAACAUCGUGGAGAUGUACGAGAGCUUCCUCGUUGGAGACGAGCUGUGGGUGGUGAUGGAAUUCCUCGAGGGAGGCGCACUCACCGACAUUGUGACGCAUGCGCGCAUGGACGAGCAGCAGAUUGCCACCGUCUGCAAGCAAUGUCUCAAGGCGUUGGCAUAUCUGCAUUCACAGGGUGUCAUACAUAGGGACAUCAAGAGUGACUCCAUUUUGUUAGCCAAUGAUGGCAGGGUAAAGCUGUCAGACUUUGGAUUCUGCGCGCAAGUGUCUCAAGAGUUGCCGAAACGCAAAUCGCUGGUGGGCACUCCCUACUGGAUGUCGCCCGAGGUGAUAUCGCGGUUGCCCUACGGACCCGAGGUCGAUAUCUGGUCGCUGGGCAUCAUGCUCAUAGAGAUGGUCGACGGUGAGCCUCCCUUCUUCAACGAGCCACCCCUACAAGCCAUGCGUCGUAUCCGGGAUAUGCCGCCGCCCAAACUGAAAAACACUCUCAAGGUAUCACCCCGGUUGCAAGGCUUCCUAGAGCGGCUACUAGUGAGGGACCCCGGUCAGAGAGCCACCGCCCAAGAGUUGCUUCAACAUCCGUUCCUCAGGCAGGCCGGGCCACCUGCGUUGUUGGUGCCUCUUAUGCGGGGAUCAAGGCAUAGUAACUGCUAGCAGCAAGGCAUGCCUCAACGUAUGCCUCAAGGCAUGCCUCAAGGUGGUUCAAUGAAUAGCAACUGUUAGGUUCUAGGAGGGACUCAGAGUAUGCCUCAAGGAUUACGUCAAGGUAGUGAAAUUCAUAGUAACUGCUAGCCGCAAGGCAUGCCUCAAGGUAUGCUUCAAGGCAUGCCUCAAGGUGGUUCAAUGAAUAGCAACUGUUAGGUUCUAGGAGGGAGUCAGAGUAUGCCUCAAGGAUUACGUCAAUGUGCUGAAAUUCAUAGCAACUGCUAGCCGCAAGGCAUGCCUCAAGGUAUGCUUCAAGGCAUGCCUCAAGGUGGUUCAAUGAAUAGCAACUGUUAGGUUCUAGGAGGGAGUCAGAGUAUGCCUCAAGGAUUACGUCAAUGUGGUGAAAUUCAUAGCAACUGCUAGCCGCAAGGCAUGCCUCAACGUAUGCCUCAAGGCAUGCCUCAAGGUGGUUCAAUGAAUAGCAACUGUUAGGUUCUAGGAGGGAGUCAGAGUAUGCCUCAAGGAUUACGUCAAUGUGGUGAAAUUCAUAGCAACUGCUAGCCGCAAGGCAUGCCUCAAGGUGGUUCAAUGAAUAGCAACUGUUAGGUUCUAGGAGGGACUCAGAGUAUGCCUCAAGGAUUACGUCAAGGUAAUGAAAUUCAUAGUAACUGCUAGCCGCAAGUCAUGCCUCAACGUAUGCCUCAAGGCAUGCCCUAAGGUGGUUCAAUGAAUAGCAACUGUUAGGUUCUAAGAGGGGCUCAGAGUAUGCCUCAAGGAUUACGUCAAGGUAGUGAAAUUCAUAGUAACUGCUAGCCGCAAGGCAUGCCUCAAGGUAUGCUUCAAGGCAUGCCUCAAGGUGGUUCAAUGAAUAGCAACUGUUAGGUUCUAGGAGGGAGUCAGAGUAUGCCUCAAGGAUUACGUCAAUGUGCUGAAAUUCAUAGCAACUGCUAGCCGCAAGGCAUGCCUCAAGGUAUGCUUCAAGGCAUGCCUCAAGGUGGUUCAAUGAAUAGCAACUGUUAGGUUCUAGGAGGGAGUCAGAGUAUGCCUCAAGGAUUACGUCAAUGUGGUGAAAUUCAUAGCUACUGCUAGCCGCAAGGCAUGCCUCAACGUAUGCCUCAAGGCUGCCCUAAGUUGGUUCAAUGAAUAGCAACUGUUAGGUUCUAGGAGGGACUCAGAGGAUGCCUCAAGGAUUACGUCAAGGUAGUGAAAUUCAUAGCUACUGCUAGCCGCGAGGCAUGCCUCAAG